ACAUAUGCAUAUAUGCCAAGAAACAACACAUCCAAACCAAUUGUCCUUCAAUAUGAAAACGAGAACAAGAGCCACCUCUUCCAAAAAUGUGACGAAGGAGGGCCAGGCCAUGAUUCCCUCCCUGCUCUCGAGGGGAAUGAGGAAAAUGGGCUGGGAGAAAUCCCAAUGAGAAAAGCAUGAGGAGAGAUAAAAAGAGGAGAAGGUAGAAGAGAGGGGACGGAGACAGGCGUCCAGGGGUGCCACGUGGUGGAACCUGAUUGGUCUGAAGGUCCUGGCUCUUCCCUCCACAACAACCCAUGGAAAGAAUGUGGAAUUCAAUGCUUGAAGGAUUGGUUGACUUAUAACAGCUCUCUUGUUAAUACUGCUGAACAAUGAAGGAGAAUGGGUCAAUGACACAUAAGAUGCUUAAUGGGAACUGGGUCUCAAAGCGCAAACGUGGAAAGCAUCCAAGUUCAGUUGAUAAAUUCAGUGGCAAGGAAAGCAAGUCGAAAACCUUGGAAUCUCCAUCAAGUACUUCAUCACAGCAAAGGCUGAAAAAUGAAAAUACUUCUGAUCACUUAUCUAGCAAGAUAAAAGGGAAUGAUGGGCACUAUUAUGUAUGUGAGAUCUGUGAACUUGGUGGAACUUUGAUUUGUUGCGAUAGUUGUCCAGGGACCUUUCAUCUCCGAUGUCUAAAUCCUCCUCUAAAGAGAAUUCCAAGUGGGAAGUGGGAAUGUCCAAACUGCCGUCAAGAAAGUGAGCCUACAGAGCCAAUUGUCCAUCAAGAUCCUAUCUCAAAACGUGCAAGGACAAAAGUUACCAUCGGAAAAUCUAAAGCUGCUAAAAAGUCAUCUGACAAUAACAAGAAGUCCCAGAUUUUAGGAAGCUCCAUUCUUGGAAAGAAGAGAUCACCAAGCAAGGAGAAAUUUCCCUCAUCUCAUCAGGGGGUUGAAAAGAAGUUGGAGUGCUCUAAUGAUUUAUCACGUAGUUCCAAGCCAAGUCAUCCAUCUCGGGAUGGUUCCACUGAGGGUACUUCAUCAAAUGGGAGUGUAGACAAUGACAAAAAGCCGGAGGUUUCUCUUGCAAAAGCACCAGCAGAGACUACACCUAAUUCUUCUGCUAAGAAAGCUUUAUCUUCAUUCAAGAUUUUGAGUUCAAAGAUAAAGAAAGGGGCUUCAGGAAAAAAGCAUGAAUUCUCUUCUGUCCUUGCGCUGGAAGCUGCUAAUCAAAAAUCCAGAAAAAGAAAUCUUAAGUUGAAAAUUAUUAGCACUAGUAAAAAGCGGAGGACUGACAAGGGCAGUUGUGUUGCAGAUUCUUCUAAAAAACGUAGAUUCCAAGCAGCCUCUGCAUGUCCUGGAACUAGUAAAUUGAAAGUGAAACACAGGACAUUGGAUCAUGAGGCUUCUGUAUCUCUGUCUGAGGAGGGUAUUGAAACAGAUGUAGUUAAUCUUGACCUGAAAGAUGAGAUGGUUUCUGAGCAUCCAGCCCAUCCAUCAAAUGCAUUGCCUUCAGGAGGUAAAAUUGCUGUCGGUCCAUUUACAAAUGCUGUUACUGUUCCCGACUUUCAGCAGGUUCAUCGGGUUUUAGGUUGUCGUAUUAAAGUGGAUAAGACAGUUUCUUCUGGAAACCUUCCUGUGAUGGAUUCAGAUUCCCUGUCUCUGGAGGAUUCACAUGUUCCAGAAGAUCCAAAUAAACAGCCUGAGGAAACUCCUGCUAUGUUAGGUAUUAAAUUGGAUAAGACAGUUUCAGCUGGAAACGUUCCCAUGAUGGAUUUAGAUUCCCUGUCUCUGGAGGGUUCACAUGUUUUGGAAGAUCCAAGUAAACAGCCUGAGGAAACUGCUGGUAUUCUACCUACAAAUGGGACCAAUGCAGAUGACUUUGCAAAUGUCUCUCUGGACAUUGACAACCUUUCUGGUGUAGAAAAGAAUAGCAAUUCUAGAAAGGAUAAUCUGCAAGUCUAUAGAAGAUCAGUGACUAAAAAAGUUAAAGAGGCAAGUGGCAUGGUUUCAGUGAAUAAAGAUUCUGAGUCCUCUGGUUUGAAAGCAGUGAAUACUAGGAAUCCUGAUGACUCCUUUGGAAAUGUUGGAGGGCUGUUAGGGACAAUGAGAAGGUCUCCAAGGGAGAAUGCUGAUGUUAGUUUAGAAGCUGAUGGUGAGAACAGCAUCUUGAAGAACUCUGAAAUACAUCCUUCUCAUGAGGUUGAAGGUUCAAAGGAGGAAGUUAAAGAUGCUAGCGCAAAUUUUGCUUCUAACAUGAUUGUGAAGGAGUCAAUUGUAACUGCGUCCUCCAACCAAGUUAGAGACACCUACGAAUUUCUGGUAAAAUGGGUAGGAAAAUCUAACAUCCACAACACUUGGAUCCCUGAAACUGAGCUGAAAAUACUGUCAAAAAGAAAACUGGACAAUUACAAGGCAAAAUAUGGGUUAGCAACAAUAAAUCUUUGUGAGGAACGGUGGAAACAGCCUCAACGAAUAAUUGCUAUUCGGUCUUCCCAAGAUGGUUCAUCUGAUGUUUAUGUAAAAUGGAUGGGCCUCCCUUAUGAUGAAUGCACAUGGGAAAGAAUGGAUGAACCGGUGAUAUCUAAAUCAUCCUUUCUCAUUGAUAAAUAUUAUCAGUUUGAAAAUCGAGCUUUGGAGAAAAGUGUUUUCAAGGAUGACAUACGGAGGAGAAAGAGUGAUUUGCAACAAAGUGAGAUAGUUACAAUCACAGAGCAGCCUGAAGAGUUGAAAGGAGGUUCAUUGUUUCCGCAUCAGCUAGAAGCAUUGAAUUGGUUGCGCAAAUGCUGGCAUAAGUCCAAGAAUGUGAUACUUGCUGAUGAAAUGGGGCUCGGGAAAACAGUGUCGGCCUGUGCCUUCCUAUCAUCGUUAUACUAUGAGUUCAAUGCUUCGCUGCCUUGUUUAGUUUUGGUUCCUCUUUCUACAAUGCCUAACUGGAUGUCAGAGUUUGCACUGUGGUCCCCUAAUGUUAAUGUUGUGGAAUAUCAUGGGUCUUCCAAAGCUCGAACCAUAAUCCGAGACUAUGAGUGGCAUCCCAGUGAAAGUCAAAGCUUGCAGAGUAAGAAAUUAGCUUCUUAUAAGUUCGAUGUCCUCUUAACUACAUAUGAAAUGGUUCUUGCUGAUUCCUCUCAUCUUCGUGGAGUUCCUUGGGAAGUCCUUGUGGUUGAUGAGGGACACCGCCUGAAAAAUUCGAGCAGUAAACUAUUUGGAUUGCUCAAUACAUUUUCUUUCCAACAUCGGGUGUUGCUUACUGGUACUCCUCUUCAGAAUAACUUAAGUGAGAUGUAUAACUUACUAAAUUUUUUGCAACCAGCUUCAUUUCCUUCUCUAUCCUCAUUUGAAGAGAAGUUUAAUGAUCUCACAACUGCGGAAAAGGUGGAGGAAUUGAAGAAACUUGUUGCCCCGCAUAUGCUUCGAAGGCUUAAAAAAGAUGCCAUGCAGAAUAUUCCCCCCAAGACUGAACGAAUUGUUCCAGUUGAGUUGUCAUCUAUUCAAGCAGAAUACUACAGGGCAAUGCUUACAAAGAACUAUCAGAUUUUGCGCAACAUAGGAAAGGGAGCUCCGCUGCAGUCAAUGCAAAAUAUAGUGAUGCAGUUAAGAAAGGUUUGCAACCAUCCUUAUCUCAUACUGGGCACCGAGCCUGAAUCUGGAUCUGCUGAGUUCCUUCACGAAAUGCGAAUAAAGGCUUCAUCAAAGUUGACUCUGCUGCAUUCAAUGCUCAAGUUGUUAUAUAAAGAAGGCCAUAGGGUCCUUAUAUUCUCCCAGAUGACGAAGCUUCUUGAUAUCCUUGAGGAUUAUUUGACCAUUGAAUUUGGACCGAAGACAUUUGAGAGAGUUGAUGGAUCUGUGUGUGUCGUUGAUCGUCAAGCAGCAAUUACACGUUUUAACCAAGACAAAAGUCGCUUUGUAUUCCUCCUAUCAACACGCUCUUGUGGCCUUGGGAUCAACUUGGCAACUGCUGAUACUGUCAUCAUUUAUGAUUCUGAUUUUAACCCGCAUGCAGAUAUUCAAGCAAUGAAUCGGGCUCAUCGUAUUGGCCAGUCAAAUAGACUUUUGGUGUACAGGCUUGUUGUACGUGCUAGUGUUGAAGAACGGAUCUUGCAACUUGCCAAGAAGAAAUUAAUGCUUGAUCACCUUUUUGUCAAUAAAUUUGACUCACCAAAGGAGGUGGAAGAUAUUUUGAGAUGGGGAACAGAAGAACUUUUUGGAGAUUCUUUAAGCGUGAAUGGAAAAGAUGCAGGUGAAAACAAUUGCAGCAAAGAUGAAGCAAUUACCGAAACAGAACAUAAGCAUAAAAGGAAGACUGGUAGCCUUGGUGAUGUGUAUAAAGAUAGAUGUACAGAUAUAAGCACCAAGAUUCUGUGGGAUGAAAAUGCUAUUCAAAAGUUGCUUGAUCGUUCAAAUCUCCAGUCAAGUUCACCUGAUAAUGCUGAAAUGGAAUUGGAGAAUGACAUGCUUGGUUCAGUAAAUUGGAAUGAUGAGCCAACAGAAGAACAAGCUAUAACAGCACCUGUUCCCAUGGUGACUGAUGAUACAUGCAUAGAGAACUCUGACAAGAAAGUGGAUAAUUUAGUGGGUAUUGCUGAAGAGAAUGAAUGGGACAGGCUUCUUCGAGUGAGGUGGGAGAAGUACCAAAGUGAGGAGGAAGCAGCUCUCGGUCGAGGGAAACGCCAAAGGAAAGCUGUUUCUUAUAGAGAAGCAUAUGCUCCCCACCCUAGUGAAACAUUGAGUGAGAAUGGGGCAGAAGAUGAGCCAGAGCCAGAACCAGAACCAGUACGGGUGUACACUGCAGCAGGACGUGCUUGGAAAGAAAAAUAUGCAAGGCUUAGUGCUAGACAGAAAGCACGUCUAGCUAAGGCAAAAACUGAUAAGGCAUGUGGUUUUGGGGGACUAUCCAGGCCAGAGACGCUUCCUCCACUCACUGCACCCAAUGCCCAGGAUGGACACCAAAAGACUGCAUCAUUUCUGCUUGUUGAAGAUAGUGGUUCUGCAAUAGAUUUUGUAGAUAAGAGAUCAGUUCAAAUGCCUGAGAGAACAAACAAGAUCGAAAAUCUGGGGAAAGUACAAAAGCCAAAAUCAGAUGUUCUACUAGAUCUUCCAGUCAAACCUAGUGUGCAACAGUUCCCUUUUGGAUCGCCAUUCAGUCAUCAAUUACAAGGGACGAGUUUUAUGAGCUCAGCACCCAGCAACAAUUUGUUGCCAGUUUUGGGACUGUAUGCUCCUAAUGCAAGUCAAAUGGAGUCAUCACAGAGGAAUUUCUCUAGAUCCCACUGCAGACAGAGGAGGCCAGACUUUGGACCUGAUUUCCCAUUUCCUGCAGUUCCUUCCUCUGGGUGCAUGAAUGCUAUGGGUGUUAAAGGACCUGAGACCAUCUUAGGUGGAUACCAGUUGCCAGAUCUUUCAUGUGAUGGUUCAGAAAAACAUUCAAAGCCCAAUAUCCCAAAUAGUUUUCUCCCGUCCAAUCUGCAACCUGCACUUGAUCUUAAAGGAAAAGGUCGGGUGGAUGAUUUUGAUAAUUCUGGUGCCUCCUUUUCUAGCUUUCGAGAAAAAUUGUUGCUACCCAAAUUCCCUCUGGAUGAGAGUCUGCUGCCAAGGUAUCCAUAUCCAACCAAGAACCUUGCGCAUGCACCCCAUGAUAUGUUUCCCAGUUUGUCACUGCGAUCAAAAGUUGUGGAUGCUAACUAUCGUCCUGAACUACCAACUAUGCCAUUGUUGCCAAAUCUCAAAUUUCCCCCACAAGAUAUAUCCAGGUAUAGUCAGCAAGAACAACAGAAGCCUCCAACAUUGGGAUUGGGUCCAAUGCCACCUUCAUUUCCAUCUUUUCCUGGAAAUCACAGAAAGGUGCUUGAGAACAUUAUGCUGAGAACAGGAUCUGGAUCAAGCAACCUGCUCAAAAAGAAGGCGAAAAUGGAUAUCUGGUCUGAAGAUGAACUAGAUUAUCUGUGGAUUGGUGUUCGAAGACAUGGACGAGGGAAUUGGGAUGCCAUGCUACAAGAUCCAAAGUUAAGAUUUUCCAAAUAUAAAACUGCAGAAGAUUUGUCAGCAAGAUGGGAGGAGGAACAGCUCAAGCUCUUGGAUGGCCAAGGAUUUCCAUUCCCAAAGGCAUCGAAGCCUUCAAAAGUUGCAAAAUCUUCCUUACUUCCAGGCAUAUCUGAUGGGAUGAUGACACGAGCUCUGCACGGAAGCAAGUUAAGUGGGCCAUCGAAAUUUCAGAGUCAUAUCACAGACAUGAAGUUGGGAUUGAGUGAUCUACCUUCCAGCUUGCAACAUGUAGAACCUUCUCGUAAUCUAGGUCUUCCUGGUGAUCAUAUUCCACCUCUUCCGCCUUGGAAUAUGGACAAAUCAUGGGCCAACUUUUCUAGAGACUUGAUGAGUGGCCCCUGUGAUGGAUUGAUGUCUUCAUCAAGUAUUCCUAGAGACUCAUCAUUCCUGAUGAAUGCAUAUGGAGCGAGCGGCUUGGCUCCUCUUGGUUUGAAAAGCUCUAGCAGCUUGGGUCCUUUUGGUUUGAAUAGCUCUAGCAACCUUGAUUUGGAAGGAACGGAGCAUGAAGUUGGUGCUGAUAGAUCUGGGAAAUUGCCAAGCUUUAUGGAGAAACCAUUAAACAUUCUGCCUGAUUUGCAUAACAUAGGACCGGGUGAAUCUUCUGGGUCAAAGUUGUGCUCUGAUUUUAACAAAGUUCAGAGCACUUGCGAUUCAAAGGGUAAAGAAGUGGUUGAGGAAUACAAUUCUUCAAGGAGUAGUCUGCCUCACUGGCUUCGAGAAGCAGUGAAUGCUCCAGCAAAAUCCACUGAGCAUGACCUACCGCCAACUGUCUCUGCCGUAGCACAAUCAGUUCGCCUGUUAUAUGGGGACAAGAACUCUGCGAUUCCUCCAUUUAUUGUCCCAGGCCCACCUCCAUCCCGACCAAAGGAUCCGUGGCGAAGCUUAAAGAGAAAGAAGAAACAAAGAUCUCGUAAAGUGAAACAAUGCAAGCAGGAUGUUGCAGGAACCCUCGAUGAUGUCCAGAGCAGCUUCCUGUGUGAGAAUGUUGCUUCAACUUCUGCUUUGCAAGAGUUGCCAUUUCCUCAGGUUCCAGUAUCAGUAGCUUCUACUACAGGACAUCCUUUUGUUGAACCCCACAGCAGAACUCCACCUUUGAGCCUCGACAUGAUGAAUCAAUUAUCUUCAUCAACAAAUACAGCUGGUGAGAAGAAAAUGGCUACCCAGUUGUCACCUUCUCCUGCAGUGCUUCAGUUGGUUGCGUCAUGCACUGCACCAGGUCCAUCAGGAAUGGCAACUUCAACUUUUGCCGACCAAGGAAAACACUUGGAUGGCCAGGAUGAACAGUCAGCCGAGAAGGUGAAUGAGAACAUGUGGGGUCAGGGUAAACAAGAUCAAUCUGAAAGUCACGAUUCCAGCAAAACUCAGUCUGAUCCUGCUCGAGCUAGGCAGCCUGAUGGAUGUGAAAUGUCAUCUGAGGGAACUGUCUCAGAUCACCGUGCAAGUGAUCAGGAAUCAUAGACUGUAUCUGGAGAAUGUCAGUCAAUUGGGAUCUGGACAUCUACUCCAUGUAACUAAAAUUAUAAACCUGUAGUAUUUGUCAAAAAUUUUUGUAGCCACGAAGGUUUUAGUCUUGAGCUUUUAGGAUGUUUUUCACCAUCGUGUAUAGCUUAUAUGGGUAAGGUUUAAAUAUAGGAUGCUAAACUUGAUACAUUUGCCUGUUUAUGAUUCCUUUUCUUUACCAGCCCUUCACCUGCACUCCUUUGCCCAGAGCUGCCCACCAGCACCUGAACCCAGAAAAGAAGGAAAAAACCCUCUUACCCUCCACCUGUUCCGUUUCUGUGGCAGUUAUUUAUUCCUGUCCCUGAUUAUAACUUUCUGCUA